CGUGCGCAUGACGUCGCCGCGCUCACCACCUCGCGCCCGUUGCCCUGGCGAUCCCCACCGGCCGUGGCCCGGUCGGUCGGCCGCUCGCCAUGGACCAGUACAGCAUCCUGGGCCGGGUCGGGGAGGGGGCGCACGGCAUCGUCUUCAAGGCCAAGCACAUCGAGACCGGAGAGACAGUUGCUCUCAAGAAAGUGGCCCUGAGGAAACUGGAGGAUGGAAUUCCGAACCAGGCCCUGCGGGAGAUUAAAGCUCUGCAGGAAAUUGAGGAUAAUCAGUAUGUGGUCAGGCUAAAGGAUGUCUUCCCCCACGGGACAGGGUUCGUCCUGGUCUUCGAGUACAUGUUGAGUGACCUGUCCGAGGUGAUCCGCAAUUCUGACUGGCCCCUGACUGAGUCACAGGUUAAAGGUUACAUGAUGAUGCUGCUGAAAGGGCUGGCAUUCUGCCACCAGAACUCCAUCAUGCACAGGGACUUGAAGCCAGCAAACCUGCUCAUCAGCUCGACGGGACACCUCAAAAUUGCUGAUUUUGGACUUGCCAGGGUUUUCUCCAAUGAAGGUGACCGACUUUACAGCCAUCAGGUGGCUACCCGGUGGUACCGAGCCCCAGAGCUGCUUUAUGGAGCUCGUAAGUAUGAUGAAGGGGUGGAUAUUUGGGCAGUGGGCUGCAUCUUCGGGGAGCUCCUGAAUAACUCGCCGCUGUUCCCAGGCGAGAAUGACAUUGAGCAGCUGUGCUGUGUUCUCAGAGUCCUGGGGACACCAAACGAGAGGAUCUGGCCAGAAAUUACCGAACUGCCGGAUUACAACAAGAUCACUUUCAAGGAGAAUCCUCCCAUCCCAUUGGAACACGUUGUCCCAGACGCCUCACCCGAGGCAGUGGAUCUACUGAAACGCUUCCUGGUUUACCCCUCCAAGCAGAGGGUCAGUGCAGCUGAGGCUCUCCUGCACCCGUAUUUCUUCAAGGAGCCGCUGCCUGCCCACCACUCGGAGCUGCCGAUCCCGCAGCGGGCAGGCAGGAAGACCCUGCAGCAUCAGCACGAGUUCCACAUCGAGCAGCCCCUUGUGGAGUCAGUGACUGACCCGGACCUCAUCUCCUGUCACGCCCGGCUCCAGUGACACCACCGUCGUACUGGGAGAGAAUGGGGCUGCUGUUCCCCUUUUUAUAGACUGCCUGCUUCAUUCGAGAGAGCGGAGUGCUGUCACUCUGCAACCUGUCUUUCAGGAUUAUUGUAAUAAAACACGAGACUAACGAUUGA